CCGCGGGAGCCCGUAAAUAGCCGCGCCGUCAGGGGCUGGGCACUGGCUGGUGCAGCAUGCAGCGACCUCACUUCUCGCUGGCCAUGGGUCUGGCCCUGCUCGCCCUCGGCCUCCUGAUGCUGUCCCCCGAUGCCCGCGCCGAGCUGCGGAGCCGCAGGACCGGGGAACGCCAGAACCUGGCCCCCAACGACCCGCGGGUGCAGAGGGCCGCGCAGGCGGCUGUGGCCAGCUACAACAUGGGCAGCAACAGCCUCUACUACUUCCGAGACACCAACGUCAUCAAGGCAGAGAGUCAGCUGGUGGCUGGCAUCAAGUACUAUCUGACAGUCGACAUGGAGAGCACAGAGUGCAGAAAGACUAGGGUCUCUGGAGAUCACAUGGACCUCACCACCUGUCCUCUGGCCACCGGAGUGCAGCAGGAGAAGCUGCGCUGCAACUUUGAGAUCCUUGACGUUCCCUGGAAGAACACCACUCAGCUUCUAAAGCACGACUGUGUGCAGGUGUGAUAGGCCUCAGGCUGACACUGGCAGGAUCCAGUGGGAGUGGGCACCAUGGUGGAGGGCACCUCAGGGCCCUGGUUCACAUCUGCUGCAAUAAAUCUCCAGGACAGCUUCUUGCA